GCGCACACACACACACACGCUCCCCUUCUCUCUUUCUCAGUCGUCAUUCUGUACCGGCACGGACUGACACACACAUUCCACUUCAGCGUGAAUUCCAACUCGCCGAUGAGCAUCUGUUCCUUUUUUCAGCGUGGGCUUAAACUGUAAACACACAUACACACAGAGAGAGCAAGAGAGAGAGAGCGGGAUAAUGACAGAGAAGCACCACAGAGGAAAAGCAGGUUGAGAGAGAGAGGGAAUUAAAAGGAGUAAAAGCAGCGAAAAGGAGAAAGUCUCCUUCUCAUCUCGCGCGAGCGGUGGGAGGACAGUUUGAUUCAGUUAAUAAUUUGGAUUAAACUGGCGACGCCUCUGCUCCAAAGUGUCCCACUAAAGGUGACGAGCUCCAUCAAUCUCUGAGUGAAUCCCGACAGACCAGCAGAAAACGACUUUGUGGUUUUUUUUUCACAUCCGGCACAGUUGCCCCCCCCCAAUCCACAACCCAUUCCCCAUAACGACCUUCAGAAGUGGUUUCAGCGUGGCUCAGCUCUCAUCACUGGACUUUAACGUUGGGGACCUGAACCUCACAGAUCGCCAAUGCUAACAAGGAACUGCCUGCUGCUGUUCCUGUGGAUUCUCGUCAACGCAGGCUCAGUGUCUUCUUUACGGCCCCCUUCGCUGCCAUCAGGACGGAGCAAGGCGGGGAGGGAGCACGCUAGGAGCUUGGUGGGCCCUAUGAGGAAUGGGGCAGCUGGGUUUCAGCGGGUCAAGAGGGGCUGGGUGUGGAACCAGUUCUUCGUACUGGAGGAGUACAUGGGGUCCGACCCACAGUAUGUGGGGAAGCUGCACACUGACCUUGAUAGUGGGGACAGCGUGGUGAAGUACACUCUCUCUGGGGAUGGGGCCGGCUCCAUCUUCACAAUUGACCAAACAACGGGGGACAUCCAUGCCUUAAGGAGUCUUGACAGGGAGGAGAAGCCUUACUACACCCUGCGCGCCCAGGCUGUUGACAUCAACACCAAUCGUCCACUGGAGCCCGAGUCUGAGUUUGUCAUCAAGGUCCAAGACAUCAACGACAAUGAGCCAAAGUUCCUGGAGGGACCGUACAUGGCCACCGUCCCCGAGAUGUCACCAGUAGGGACGUAUGUGACGCAGGUGACAGCCACGGACGCAGACGACCCCACGUACGGAAACAGUGCCCGAGUGGUGUACAGCAUCCUGCACGGCCAGCCGUACUUCUCCGUCGACCCCAAAACAGGAGUCAUAAAGACGGCCUUGCCCAAUAUGGACAGAGAGGUGAAGGAGCAGUACCAAGUCUUAAUCCAGGCCAAGGACAUGGGUGGCCAGCUGGGGGGGCUGGCGGGGACCACCACCGUCAACAUCACCCUCAGCGAUGUCAACGACAACCCGCCCAGGUUCUCUAAAAGUUUCUUCCACCUGAGAGUUCCCGAGUCUUCUGCAGUGGGUUCAGCCGUGGGGAGAAUCAAAGCCCAUGACUUGGACAUCGGCAAAAAUGCAGAAGUGGAAUACAACAUUGUACCGGGGGACGGAGGCGCCAUGUUUGACAUCACCACUAACAGCCACAACCAAGACGGGAUCAUCAUUCUCAGAAAGCCCCUGGACUAUGAAACCAAGAAGGCAUACACCUUUAAAGUAGAUGCCUCCAAUGCUCAUCUGGAUCCACGAUUCCAGAGCUUUGGGGCCUUCAAAGACACGGCGACGGUGAAGAUUAACGUUUUGGAUGUGGAUGAGCCCCCGGUGUUCAAUAAGCCUUCGUAUGUGAUGGAUGUGUAUGAAGACACACCUGCAGGCACCAUCAUUGGAGCGGUGACGGCACAGGAUUUAGACGCCGGCAGCAGCCCAGUCAGGUAUUCCAUCGACUGGAAGAGUGACAUGGACAGCUUCUUUGACAUCGAUCCAGUGGCGGGGACGAUUUCCACCAACGAGCUGCUGGACAGGGAGAGCGUCGCCCAGCACAACAUCUCCAUCGUGGCGACCAAACUUAAUAGUCCAGUGCUGACGAGCCGCGUCGCCGUCACCAUCCACGUCCUGGACAUCAACGAGUUCCCGCCUGAACUCUCAAGUCCUUACGAGACGUUUGUGUGUGAGAACGCUAAAACAGGACAGGUGAUUCAAACGUUUGGUGCAAAAGAUCAGGAUCUUGCUCCACCUGGACAACAGUUCUCCUUCAAAUCCGUGAAGGAAGAUUUGAAAACCAACAAGAAUUUCACCAUCCGGGACUUUGGAAACAACACAGCUGGAAUCGUGACAAAGCGCAGUGGCUUCCGGCGGCGUUUACAGGAGAUCUAUCUGCUCCCCGUGGUGAUUGAAGAUAACGGCUACCCGCCCAAGAGCAGCACGGGCACGCUGACCAUCCGAGUGUGCGGCUGCGAGUCGGACGGAUCCCUGUUGUCCUGCAGCGCCGAGGCCAUCUUCCUGCCCGUGGGCCUGAGCACGGGAGCUCUGAUUGCCAUCCUCCUGUGCAUCGUCAUCUUAUUAGUCAUCGUGGUCCUCUACGUGGGCCUGAGACGGCAGAAGAAAAAGGAAACUCUCAUGUCAUCUAAGGAGGACAUCCGCGACAAUGUCAUCCACUACGACGACGAGGGAGGGGGCGAGGAGGACACGCACGCGUUUGACAUGGGGACACUUCGUAAUCCCAAGGUUGUCAAGGAGAACCUGUUCCGCAGGGACGUCAAGCCUGAGAUGAGGAGGAAUCCCAGGCCGACGGUUUCUCAGGAGAACGCCGACAUCCGAGAUUUCAUCGGCCAGCGUCUGCAGGAGCACGACGUGGACACCUCGGCGCCUCCCUAUGACUCGCUGGCCACGUACGCCUACGAGGGCGACGGCUCCGUGGCCGAGUCGCUGAGCUCCAUCGAUUCCCUCGCUAUAGAACUCGAGGAGGAUUACGAUUACCUCAACGACUGGGGCCCCCGAUUUAAGACAUUGGCGGGGAUUUUUGGGGAACAGUCGGAAUCUCAGUCGGACUCAACAACCACAGAGAACAAACACUGAUGUUGUUCACAGACUCACAAAAAAGCAAAUAUGUAACAAUGUGUUCUUUCAGUUUCCACGUUUUCACCAUCGUUUUCUCACUCUUUUAUGUUCUUAUGUGUUUCUUUAUCAUGCUUAAGUCCCAGAAUUGUAAACAACGUGGGAACAUGCGGAUUAGACGAGCAAAGCGACCAUUCAAUUAUCUUUCUAUCGAAUGUUGUUUCUUGUCUAACACUUCAGUUUCCUCUUGGGGGAGGGGGGGGGACACACAUUACACAUGGAAAUGUUGUCAUUUCCUACAGCAUCCUUAUAAGUGCCUCAAUAUAAUUGUUCUUUCACUCGCUAAUUCAUACACAGAUCCAGUGUUGCUCCUUUUAGAUCCCCAUAUGAGUCAUUCAGAGUACAGUACUGUGCUGUGACUGACGUCUACCAAGACCAACGUGGACCCUGCGGGGACAACAAAGUGGCCUGAGUUUGGCCAAAGAUGUUUUGAAUGUUAUUUAUUCUUCUAUUUAUUUAUUGGCUGAGUUUUAUUAGGAUUUUUUUUGUGUGUAUUUA